UGUCCGCCACCGGGUAUCUCUUUCUCCGGGUAGUGCACCAGCGGAACGGCGAGGUGCAGUCGUGCAGACGGGAACGGGGAUGGGAAGCACAGGGGCGCUGCUUUGGCACCCGUCGCCGCAGGUGCACUCCGGUGGCGUCCUCUUCCGCCAGAGCCGGCGCAUCGUACGCCAGCGCAACUUGCCUCUAUUAUCGCUAGCUGACGCGGCGCUUGAGCCCGAGCGCCGCCGCGGGCAGCGCCUCCGCUGCGCUGCCGGCGACGGGGACGGCGGGCCCCGGGAGGCUCAGAAGGAGUCUCCGAGCGGCAUCGGCGCAGCACUCGAGGAUCCGUCUCCAGGACCUCCUGUGGAAAACGGUUCCUUCAGAAGCCCCUCACAGGAAGAACAGAGUGCUCUGUAUAAUUUUCUCUAUCCAAGCAAAGACUUACUUCCAGAUGAUAAGGAGAUGAGUAUAUUUGAUCAUCUGGAGGAGCUUCGCGAGAGGAUUUUCAUCUCAGUUUUGGCUGUUGGGGCUGCGAUACUAGGCUGUUUUGCUUUUUCAAAAGAUCUGGUUCUUUUUCUAGAGGCACCAGUGACUGUUCAGGGUGUUCGGUUUUUGCAGCUCUCGCCUGGGGAAUUUUUCUUUACAACAUUAAAGGUUUCAGGUUAUUGUGGCCUUUUACUUGGAAGUCCUAUCAUUUUAUAUGAGAUCAUUGCAUUUGUUAUCCCAGGUUUAACAAGGGAUGAGCGGAAAUUUCUCGGGCCUAUUGUGUUGGGUUCUUCUGUUCUAUUCUACCUAGGCAUUUUCUUCUCCUACACGGUUCUCAGCCCUGCUGCGUUGAACUUCUUUGUGAAUUAUGCAGAUGGGGCAGUGGAAUCGUUGUGGUCAAUAGACCAGUACUUCGAAUUCAUACUUGUGCUGAUGUUUAGCACAGGGUUGUCCUUUCAGGUCCCUGUUAUCCAGCUUCUGCUAGGACAACUUGGAUUGGUUUCUAGUGACCAAAUGCUUUCGAUCUGGAGAUAUGUUGUUGUUGGCGCUGUCGUCGCUGCUGCUGUGCUUACACCUUCGACGGAUCCGUUGACACAAAUGUUGUUGGCUGGUCCUUUGCUUGGUUUGUACUUGGGUGGCGCAUGGAUGGUCAAGCUAACUGGGCGAUAAGUGAGUGGUUCAUGCAAGGCAAUGAUGCUCCGGGAAGCAAGAGCGCCACUGUAACCUAGUCUUGUAAAAAUGAAUUCACUCUGUUCAUCAGAUGAUAUUGUUACCAUUUCUCUUUC